GCCAUGGGAUUCUGCGCCGCGCUUGUAGCCCUGCAGAGCCAAAGACACCCCAGACAACAGACGCCCUCCCGCAGCGUAUAGCAGUGACUCCGGCUCGCCUGCGCCCUAGUUUACAGUAUUUAAUGUUAUAUAUUAUAUACUAUUUAUUAUAGCGAUUUUGAUACCUCAUAUUCUGUUUACACACCCUGAACGCCGCUCAGUAAUUCUCUUAUCAAUCCAACCACUACUCGAGAGCAUGGCAUCUACCGUGGCGACGCUGAUAGCCAGCACCGCGUCUGUUCCCCCGGCGCAGCAGUUCCUGUGGAUGCUCAUCCUGGGCUUCAUCAUCGCCUUCGUCUUGGCCUUCUCCGUGGGAGCCAAUGAUGUGGCAAAUUCGUUUGGCACAGCUGUGGGCUCAGGCGUGGUGACCCUGAAGCAAGCCUGCAUCCUCGCCAGCAUCUUCGAAACUGUGGGCUCGGUCUUACUGGGGGCGAAGGUGAGCGAGACCAUCCGCAAGGGCCUGAUUGACGUGAACAUGUACAACUCGAGCCAAGAGCAUCUGCUCAUGGCUGGCUCAGUCAGCGCGAUGUUUGGUUCUGCUGUGUGGCAACUAGUGGCUUCAUUUUUGAAGCUCCCCAUUUCUGGGACCCAUUGUAUUGUUGGUGCAACCAUUGGUUUCUCCCUCGUGGCAAAGGGGCAAAAGGGUGUCAAGUGGUCUGAACUGAUAAAAAUUGUGAUGUCUUGGUUCAUCUCUCCACUGCUUUCUGGUAUCAUGUCUGGAAUCUUGUUCUUUCUUGUGCGUGCAUUCAUCCUCCGCAAGGCAGACCCAGUUCCCAAUGGUUUGCGAGCUUUGCCAGUUUUUUAUGCCUGCACAGUUGGAAUAAACCUCUUUUCCAUCAUGUAUACUGGGGCACCGUGGCUGAAAUCUCCUAGAAGGUGGCUGGCCUGCGCCCAUUUCAGAAGGCUGCAGGCUAGUGUAUGCUGAGUUAACCUAGAUAGUUUUUCAACCAAAAGAGACCUGCUCAGAUUCUAAAUCACUACAGACCUUUCCUCUUUAGUCUUCACAGGAUCCACCGAUAAUAUAUGACCUUCUCCCUCCCUUUUUCUUAUCUAUGUUAAAAAUGCUGGAAUUGAUACCUCAACCACUGAAGAGUCACUAGUUAUAUCUGUUCUUCAAUAAUCAGUCAUUUAGGACUGGCCUGCUGGAUAUCGUUUUUCUCUCCCAAGUGGAGCCACUUUUGUUUCUAAGUGCUAAAUUUACUCCCCUGAAUCUGCUUGAAUGAGAAGAGUUGGGAUGCUUAACACCUGGUCUAAGUACACUUGGAAGAAGAAUCCCAGCAGCUCAGAGGAAAAGUAAUAUGUGAGAGCGUAAAGGUCGAAACGGGUGCUUUUAUAUGGGACUGAGGCAAGGCAUGAGUUAACUUAUGGUGCUCCUGUUUAAUUAGCAACUCCAAGAAGCUGGUAACUUAGACCUUGUCAGACAGGAGAGUAGCUUUGGCAUCUAGGCUUACUUGGCUGCAGGAUUCAUGACUCUGUAAGUUGUGGCUUUUAAUAUUUGACUGACCCACUGGAAGAAAAACACUGUUGCCGCCGGGGGCACCUGCAUGUAUAUGUGGUUGUAGAGAGAGACAGACAGCUAAAACAGUGUGAAGCCAUUUAUUGUUACCUUGAUAUCCUUUAAAAAUAUUUUAAAUGCUUAUUGUGUCUUACUAAGACUAAUGGGUUGUGACUUGCUUUUUAAAGUCUCACUGAAGUAAUAAGUCACUGACCAAAACAUGGAACGAACAGUAUUUUUAACCUUGCCUUUAUUAUUGGAAUAUCAGUAAAGAAAUAGAUAACUUUAUGAGACUAUUGAUCUUGGAGAAUACAAGACUCCUUACUAAAUAGUGCAGGUGAAGGGUUGCAUGCUGAAUUUCCAUUCCAUUGCGCAUGGAGUUCUUCAUGUAAAACCAAAAAAUCUCCCAUGAGGCUCAUGUAUGUUUUAGUUUGUGUGCUGAAGUGCAGGAAAACUGAAAGCAGGAUUAAAAUGCAUGCAGUCUUACUGCCACCAUAGAACUUUAGUUGUGAAGGGACUUCAAUUUAUAUCUGAUUUUUAAAAGGCUAAUUGUUGGGGAGGACAAUAGAAUUUCCAUUUUUAAAAGUAAUUUAAUACCUAAUGAGCAAAGUGACACAAACCAAGCAGUCACUAAGCUGUUGUCUGAGCUGCAUGCAGGUUUUCAUAGCAUAUCUUGGAUUUGAGCAGUGCUGUUACUGGGCCACCCUUCCCUCUCUAGUAGAGGCUAGUUGCUUGGAGCCUGUUGGUAUGCAAGUGAAAAGCAGGUGAGGACUCAGUUUACUGAUCCUUGAGCCACAUGCAAAGUAUUGGUGGCAAUUCUCUCUCAGGUUUGGCUUGUUAGUGAAAUUGUUACUAGACUUUUCCUUUGUGAAAAAAAUUAUUUAAAAUAUUCUUGAACUGAUUGUUGUAGGUAGAUGUCCCUGUUUUUCUUACUUUAGCUUGAUAAUGUUUUCAGAGAGUUGAUCAGGCUUUUCUCAAGGCCUGUACAGUAGACGUGGUGACUUUCCCAGAGUUAUUUCAGCAUGAUAUGUGUGGGUGCCAGGCCCUUUUUUUCUAAACUGUGUAAUCUGUGUGUGCAGAUGAACCGUGUGGCAGGUGGACUUCAGGAAUGAGGUGUGGGGAGUAGAAUGCUUCUGUUUCAUAGCUAGUCACAGGUCGUCAGAGGAAAGCCAAGAAAAAGAAGAAAAAGGCAGUAUUUGAAAAGCUGAGUCUGCUGGUGUUUGGGCCAAAACUGGUGUGGUGUUAAGAUGGUCAUUGGAGUUUUCUCCCAGAUUCACGUAGCCAAGGCAUAAUAAGCUCUGGAAUUAAAGCUAGCUACAGCUGUCCAGGGUGACGGGCUGGCUUGGGGAAGCCUCUGUCCCACAGGAGGGUUUGCACGUUAUUGCAGGGGCUGUUGCCCUGGGGUUUUCAAGAUGCACCAUUUUAUCUCCUAGUGCUGGGCUUUGACAAACUUCCUCUGUGGGGUACCAUCCUCAUCUCGGUGGGAUGUGCAGUUUUCUGUGCCCUUAUCGUCUGGUUCUUUGUAUG